AUGAAGUUCCCGACCGCCUUCGCCGUUGCCACCGCCGUGGCUUUCAGCUCCACCGAUGCCGAAAGGCUCAAAACUGGUGUCUGCUACGCCCCGUGGCACCACCAGAACGUCAACUGGGACGUGCUGCAAAAUGACAUGAGGCAGGUGGCCCAGCACUUUUCGAGCAUCCGCACGUACGAGGCUUCGCUAGCUGGAGUGAACGCAAUCGACAUGGCCGCUGCCGCCGGCAUUCGCGUCGCAGUGGGCGUGCAGCUGCAAAAUCCAAGCCGCAUCGACGCCGAGAUAAAAGCCGUCUGUGAAGGCUACGCUCGUAACCCGUGGGCCGUCGAAGCGGUCUACGUCGGCAACGAGGAUCUGCAGAACGGUGGCUUCGGCAAGUUCUCGGCCGACCAGCUUAUCGGCUUCAUCAACCGAGUGCGUGCAUGUGUGGGCAACACGCCGGUCGGCUCGGUACAGCGCAUCAACGAGUGGCUGACCUCCAGUGACGCGUGGAAGCUCGCAAACGCCUGUGACAACAUCGGCGUCAACAUCUACCCGUUCUUCACGCAAGGCUCGCAACCUUCGGUGGAGAAGCUGCAAGCGCAGUGGCAGCAAAUGGUGUCUAAGUUCGGCCCCAACAAGCUCCACCUCACGGAGACUGGCUGGCCGUACGCUGGUGAGAGCUACCAGAACAACCAGCCGUCGUACGAGGGUAUGCAGCAGUACCUGAACGACUACGUCAAGUGGUCUGCUAACAAGGGCGUGUCGUACUGGUUCAUGAUGUACGACACGACGGUGAGCUACACGGGCGCUGAGUACGAGAAGCAUUUCGGUCUCUUCGGCACCGACAUGAAGCCGCACGUCAACAUCCCGCAGUGCCCCAACCCGAACCAGCAGCAGCGUCUCCGUCGCGACUAA